AUGAGACUCAUUGUGCGCGAGGAUUCGACUUCAGUGGCAGAAUACGUGGCCAACUAUAUAACAACACGAAUCAAAGAAUUUGGUCCUAGCCCGGAGCGUCCUUUUGUAUUAGGUCUCCCUACUGGCAGUAGUCCUAUUGAGGUGUACCGGAUCCUAACUGCAAAACACAAGGCCGGCGAGGACGAAUACGUCGGCAUCCCUAGGGAUCACCCACAAAGCUACCAUUCCUUCAUGUGGCAUUAUUUUUUCUCCCACGUGAACGUGAGACCUGAGAAUGUUCACAUUCUAAAUGGAAACGCAGAAGAUCUGGAAUCAGAGUGCUCUCAGUUCGAAGCAGCAAUCGAAGCAGCCGGGGGUAUUGAUCUGUUCCUCGCGGGGAUCGGCGAAGAUGGCCACAUUGCCUUCAACGAGCCCGGCUCAAGCUUGGCCAGCCGCACUCGCGUGAAGACCCUAGCCUAUGACACUAUACUGGCAAACUCGAGAUUCUUCGACAAUGAUGUCAACCAAGUGCCAAAAAUGGCACUGACCGUUGGAGUUCAGACCAUCUUGAAUGCUCGAGAGGUUGUCACAGUUGCUUUGGGAGCCCGCAAGGCAGUAGCGCUGCAAAAGUGCAUUGAGAACGGCGUGAACCACAUGUGGACGCUUUCUGCCCUUCAACUCCAUAGACACUCCAUGGUGGUUGCGGAUGAAGAUGCGACGCUCGAGUUGCAAGUGAAGACUGUCAAGGUUCGUAAUGGCCAUCUACAUACUGUGUCGAUCACAGAGCUAACAAUUCAAAUAAAGUAUUUCAAAUCCAUCGAAAAGGUUGCUAGGGAAGAAGGUUUUGAUCAGGCUCUUCCCCGAAACCUUCGCAAAGGGACGCGCGUAGCAGUCUCUAGUGACACCAACGGUAACGGUCAGAUACAGUCUCCGGUGGCUCUCAAGCCCAUUGAAGUACAACCAUAUCUGCUUCGUGCGAAUAGUCCAGUGCUCUCUGGGCCAAUUUCUAGGACUGUGACUCCCGAACCUACUCUAGAUAGUAUGAGUUCGCGAAUCGAGAUUAAGGCUUAG